GGGUCGCGCCGGGCCUGGGGCCGAGGCGGCGCGCGGCGCUGACAGCUGAGUCGGCUCGCGGCCUCCCGCCCCCUCUGUGCCCGGCCGCGACCCUGGCCUGGCCUGGCCUGUCCCGGAGCCAUGAGCCCCGGGCUGCUGAUGCUGCUCGGCAGCGCCGUCCUGGUCGUCUUCGGCCUCUGCUGCACCUUCGUGCACCGCGCUCGCAGCCGCUAUGAGCACAUCCCCGGGCCGCCGCGGCCCAGUUUCCUUCUAGGACACCUCCCCUACUUUUGGAAAAAGGACGAGGUUUGUGGCCGCGUGCUCCAAGAUGUGUUUUUGGAUUGGGCCAAGAAGUACGGACCCGUCGUGCGGGUCAAUGUCUUCCACAAAACCUCGGUCAUCGUCACGAGCCCCGAGUCGGUCAAGAGGUUCCUGAUGUCCACCAAAUACAACAAGGACUCCAAGAUGUACCACGCGAUCCAGACUGUGUUUGGUGAGAGGCUGUUUGGCCAAGGCUUGGUGUCCGAGUGUGACUAUGAGCGCUGGCACAAACAGCGGAGAGUCAUGGACCUGGCCUUCAGCCGGAGCUCCUUGGUCAGCCUGAUGGGGAUCUUCAAUGAGAAAGCGGAGCAGCUGGUGGAGAUUCUGGAAGCCCAGGCGGAUGGGCAGACCCCCGUGUCCAUGCAGGACAUGCUCACCUGCACCACCAUGGACAUUCUGGCCAAGGCAGCUUUUGGAAUCGAGACCAGCAUGCUCCUGGGGGCCCAGAAGCCUCUGUCCCGGAAAGUGAAACUGAUCCUGGAGGGUAUCAGCUCAUCUCGAAACACUCUGGCGAAGUUUAUGCCAGGCAAGUGGAAGCAGCUUCGCGAGAUCCGGGAGAGCGUCCGCUUCCUGCGCCAGGUCGGCAAGGACUGGGUCCAGCGGCGCCGGGAGGCCCUGCAGAGGGGGGAGGACGUCCCCGCCGACAUCCUCACUCAGAUUCUCAAAGCUGAAGAAGGGGCCCAGGACGAUGAGAUCCUGCUGGACAACUUCGUCACCUUCUUCAUCGCGGGUCACGAGACCUCUGCCAAUCACCUGGCCUUCACGGUGAUGGAGCUGUCACGCCAGCCGGAGAUCUUGGCGAGGCUGCAGGCCGAGGUGGACGAGGUCAUCGGCUCCAAGAGGCACCUUGACUGCGAGGACCUGGGGAGACUGCAGUACCUGUCCCAGGUCCUCAAAGAGUCGCUGAGGCUGUACCCGCCAGCGUGGGGCACCUUCCGUCUGCUGGAGGAGGAGACUUUGAUCGACGGGGUCCGCGUCCCUGGCAACACCCCGCUCCUGUUCAGCACCUACGUCAUGGGGCGGAUGGACACGUACUUUGAGGACCCGCUGACUUUCAACCCGGAUCGCUUCAGUCCCAAAGCACCCAAGCCCAAGUUUACCUACUUCCCCUUCUCCCUGGGCCCCCGCUCCUGCAUCGGGCAGCAGUUUGCUCAGAUGGAGGUGAAGGUGGUCAUGGCCAAGCUGCUGCAGAGGCUCGAGUUCCGGCUGGUGCCCGGGCAGAGUUUCGGGCUGCAGGAGCAGGUCACGCUCAAGCCGCUGGACCCCGUGCUGUGUACCCUGCAGCCCCGGGGCUGGCAGCCUGCCCCCCCGCCCCCACCCUGCUGAGGGGCUGAGGGCAGGACCAGACUCCUCAGCCAGGGCUGCACCCACCCUGCUCCCUGCCCUCUUCCCCCGGAGCACCCUCCACGCCAGCUCCUAGGGGGCCCUCUGCCCACCACCGCCUGCUCCACACCCCUCGGACCUCCUCGUCCCCUCUGCUAACUCUGCCGCCCUUCCUGGAGCAGCCCCUGCCUAACUCCCAGCUGCCAUCUAGAUGUGCCAUUGUCUCCCCCAACCUCUUUGCGUAGGCCACUCCUUCUGCCAGACACCCUAACUCUUGCUCACUCCCUAAAGCCCUCUUCAGGUGUCGCCUCCUCCAGGAAGCCCUCCCUGCCACCCCCGGCCGGGCCAGGGGCCCCUCCUCUGUGCUCCCUUGGUCACCUGUGCUACCUCUAACACCACACUGACCACACUGUAUCGUGAGUGUCCUUUGACGUGACCUACUGCCCUGCCAGGCUAUGAGUGCCUCGAGGGUGGGGUCUGCGUGUGAUUCAUCUCUGAGCCCCCCGUGCCCACCCAGGGCCCGGCACAGAGUUGAUGCUCAAUAAAUAAAUGUGUUGACUGC